AUGGAUCCACAGGCUUUACCAGGCAGAGAAUUCAUCAUGAAUGAAGAGCCCAUCACAUGGCACAGCAUUUUUAAUGAGGUGCUGCCACUUGCUGUGUGCAAUGACAAUUGUCAUCCAGGUUACAGGAGGAAAAUGAAGGAGGGAAAAACAUUUUGCUGCUAUGACUGUACUCCAUGUCCAGAUGGGGAAGUUUCAGAUCACAAUGACAUGGAUGACUGCUUCACAUGCCCAAAAGACCAAUAUCCAAACAGGAACCAAAACCAAUGCCUUCCCAAGAUGAUAAACUUCCUCUCCUUCUCAGAAUGUUUGGGGAACAUUUUGGCUUUCUUAGCUCUAUUUUUUUCUCUAAUCACAGCUUUGAUGCUUGGAAUUUUCUUCAGGAACCAGAACACACCCAUUGUCAAAGCAAACAAUCGGAACCUCACCUACUCUCUGCUUGUCUCCCUGUUGCUCUGCUUCCUUUGCUCCUUGCUCUUCAUUGGCCGGCCUCAGGCAGUUUCUUGCUAUUUACGACAGGCUUGUUUUGGAAUCAUCUUCUCAGUGGCUGUUUCUUGCAUAUUGGCAAAAACUAUUAUGGUAAAACUGGCUUUCAUGGCUAUUACACCAGGAACCAGGAUUAGAAAGUGGGUAGGGAGAAGAAUGGCAAACAGCAUUGUUCUUUGUGGUUCCUUUAUUCAAGCUGGAAUUUGUGCUACAUGGCUAUGUACUGCUCCCCCAUUCCCAGAUUUUGACCUGCAUUCUCUUGCAGAAGAAAUCAUAGUGGAAUGCAAUGAAGGCUCAGUCACUAUGUUUUAUUGUGUCCUGGGAUACCUGGGAUUUUUGGCUUUUGUCAGCUUCACUGUGGCUUUCCUAAUAAGGAAGUUGCCAGAUGGUUUCAAUGAAGCCAAGUUCAUCACUUUCAGCAUGUUGGUCUUUUGCAGUGUCUGGUUGUCCUUUAUUCCAUCUUACCUUAGCACAAAAGGCAAAUACAUGGUAGCUGUAGAGAUAUUUUCCAUCUUGUCCUCUAGUGCUGGGUUGCUGGGUUUUAUCUUUUUUCCAAAAUGCUACAUAAUCAUUAUGAAGCCUGGAUUAAAUUGCAAGGAACAACUAAUCAGAAGACAUUAG